AUGGAUAUUAACUUGAGUCUGUCGUGCAGGGCCACUCCGUCUACGCCACUGGUGGUGAAGUCGACGCCCAACAAGACCCCCGGAAAGCGCCUACUUUCGCAGAAGUCUGUCGAUCAAUUGUACAAGCCCUUCAAGUGUCCGGGUUCUGCGACGAGAACUCCAGCAUCCGACAAGCCGGUUCGAAAACGCAAGAAGGUUGACUACAGAGGAGCAGGAGGUGACGAUGAGGCCGACAAGCCAUAUACGAAUGCCGACCGCCUGGCUCUUGCAAACCGGGAUGCCAACCGAUUUCCCGUCUUCCAACCAAAGGACAAGGACAAGGUCUUUAGAAAAGCCUUCGCCAUUCCCUUGAUCAAUAAGGACUCAACAGCUUACAAUCCGAAUCGCCCCCCUCCUACUCUUGGCCUUCGACAGGGAGCUUCAUUUGUCGCGAAGGCGCUCCACGACCCCAGCGCCGAGUUCGCAAUCGUGCUAUACGACCCAACAGUUGAUGACAAGCCGAAAGAAGGUUCCACGCCCAAAGGAGACAAGGCGAAGGAGGAAGCAGAAGAGAAGCUGGAUGCCCCUCUCGUGCACAAGAGUCUGUCAGAGAUCUUGGGCAUUCGGAAGAAGGUCGAGGGAGAGCGUCCCAGGGUACCUGUUGUGAUCGAUCCGCGCCUUGCCAAAGUCCUGCGACCCCAUCAGGUUGAGGGUGUCAAGUUCAUGUACCAGUGUGUGACGGGCAUGAUCGAUGAAGCAGCCAAUGGCUGCAUCAUGGCCGACGAGAUGGGUCUGGGAAAAACGCUGCAAUGCAUCACGCUCCUCUGGACACUGCUCAAACAAUCACCCGACGCCGGCAAGCCAACCAUUCAGAAAGCCAUCGUCGCUUGCCCGUCCAGUUUGGUCCGCAACUGGGCCAAUGAGCUCGUGAAGUGGCUUGGACCGGAUGCGAUCACCCCUUUCGCCAUCGAUGGCAAGGCAUCCAAAGAAGAGCUGACUCGGCAGUUACGACAGUGGGCGAUUAGUACCGGCCGUGCUGUCACUCGCCCCGUCAUCAUCGUCUCGUAUGAGACACUACGACUGAACGUGGAGGAGCUCAAGAACACGGACAUCGGCCUGAUGCUGUGCGACGAAGGCCAUCGAUUGAAGAAUGGAGACAGUCAGACCUUCACUGCUCUAAACAACCUCAGAGUUAGUCGGAGAGUUAUCCUUUCAGGCACACCCAUCCAGAACGAUCUUUCCGAAUACUUCUCCUUGAUCAGCUUCGCAAAUCCCGGAUUGCUCGGCACCCGACUCGAAUUCCGGAAGAGGUUCGAAAUACCAAUUUUACGAGGCCGCGAUGCCGACGCGACUGAUAAGGACCGUGCGAGAGGCGACGAAUGUCUGCGUGGGCUUCUUGAUAUUGUCAACAAGUUCAUUAUCCGCCGUACCAACGAUAUCCUUUCGAAAUAUCUUCCGGUCAAGUACGAACACGUCGUCUUCUGCAACCUCGCUCCCUUCCAGCUGGACCUAUACAACUACUUCAUCAAGAGUCCCGAUAUCCAGGCGCUCUUACGUGGCAAGGGAAGUCAACCGCUCAAAGCUAUUGGCAUGCUCAAGAAGCUUUGCAACCAUCCAGAUCUGCUCAACCUUGCGGAAGAUCUACCUGGAAGCGAACAGUUCUGGCCAGAUGAUUAUGUACCAAAGGACGCACGCGGUCGUGAUCGAGAUAUCAAGCCAUGGUAUUCUGGUAAGAUGCAAGUACUCGACCGCAUGCUUGCACGGAUCCGACAAGACACGAACGACAAGAUCGUGCUUAUCAGCAAUUACACCCAGACCCUUGACCUCUUCGAGAAGCUCUGUCGCCACCGCGGAUAUGGCUCCUUCCGUCUGGAUGGUACCAUGAACGUGAACAAGCGCCAGAAGCUUGUUGACAAGUUCAAUGAUCCUGAAGGCCCCGAAACCGUGUUUCUGCUCUCCAGCAAGGCGGGUGGCUGUGGUCUCAAUCUCAUUGGCGCGAAUCGUCUCAUCCUCUUCGACCCCGACUGGAAUCCUGCUGCUGAUCAGCAGGCUCUGGCACGUGUGUGGCGUGACGGGCAGAAGAAGGACUGUUUCGUAUAUCGGUUCAUCGCAACCGGUUCUAUCGAGGAAAAGAUCUUUCAACGCCAGAGUCACAAGCAGUCUCUUUCAUCUUGCGUCGUCGAUUCGGCCGAAGACGUGGAACGCCACUUCUCACUGGACAGCUUGCGAGAGCUGUUCCAAUACAGAGGCAACACAAGAAGCGACACGCACGACACCUUCAAGUGCAAGAGGUGCAAGCCGGACGGCAAGCAAUACAUCCGAGCGCCGGCGUUGCUAUAUGGUGACACGAGCACCUGGAACCAUUUCAGCAACGAGGGCUUGAAGCCCAUCCAGGACCUGUUGCUGCGGCAGGAGUGCGGAGAGAAGGAAGUCUCUGCCGUGUUCCAGUAUAUAUCGCAUUAA